GCUAAAUCAAUAAUAUAUGAUGAAAUGAUGAAAUUUAACAUUUGCGAUUAUAUUAAUAAAUAAGAAGCAUAGAUAACUUAUAACGAAGAAAAUUUACAAAAAUUCAAGAGAAAAAUCGAUUUAUUCGAACAAAAUUUAUGUGAGUAGUUUUUUAAGUCUUAUAAAUCUAUGAGAUUGAAUAAAUUUAUAGAAAUCAAAGAAAAGUAAAUAAGUGGUAAAGAAAAACUGUUAGAGUUAUCUAAACAAUUACAUGAAUUGGAAUAAAGAAAAAAAAAAUAAUUAUUUUAACUAAAUUUAAAAGAAACCUAUUUCACAUAAAAAUUGAGAGCUGCUAAAUGUUUAUUAGAAAGAUUGUGAUC